GGGUACUACGCGAAUAAACCUCAAGCACCGCAACACACAAAACAAAACUCAUUUCGCGUCCUUCUCUUUAGGGUCUCCUCUUCUAUCUCUCUUAUCUUAAGCAGCAUCAACAGAAAACGUCAUCGAUGGCGUCUCACGCUUCGAAUCUCUGGGUGCUUCUGGGUUUAGGUAUCGCCGGGAUUCUUCUGGCUACCAAGAAGCUGAAGAAGACAACCCGUGAAGAUUUCGGAGCCUUUAUCGACAAGCUUUUGCUGCUUCCUCCGCCGCAGCCUGCCCCUCCCAAAGCUCCUCAUCCUCUCACCGGUCUUUCUUUCGCCGUAUCCGACGUAUUCGAUAUUAAAGGCUACGUGACUGGCUUUGGUCAUCCAGACUGGGUCAGGACGCAUGAAGCUGCUUCUUCAACGAGUCCUGUGGUUUCAACUCUCGUUGAAGGUGGAGCCACUUGUGUUGGAAAAACUGUUGUUGAUGAACUUGCCUAUAGUAUCAGUGGAGAAAACAAGCAUUACGAAUCACCCACAAAUCCUGCUGCUCCUGCUCGUAUUCCUGGUGGCGCUUGCAGUGGAGCUGCUGUUGCCGUAGCAACUAAAGCUGUGGAUUUUGCGUUAGGCAUCGACACAGUUGGCGGGGUAAGAGUACCUGCUGGAUACUGUGGCGUUCUGGGAUUCAAAUCCUCCCAUGGGGCUAUUUCGAACACAGGGAUCAUACCAGUAUCUUCUAGUCUUGACUCUGUUGGUUGGUUUUCUCGUGAUCCAAACACCCUACGUCGCGUUGGCCAUGUACUUUUGCAGCUUCCAUUUGCCACACAACGUAAUCCAAGGCAAAUCAUACUAGCCGAUGACUAUUUUCAGCUUUUAAAGAUCCCUGUGGACCAGAUUACACAGGUGGUGAUCAAAUCAGCUGAAAAGCUUUUCGGAAGACAAUUGCUGAAGCAUCAGAACCUGGAGAACUAUUUUGAAUCGAAAGUUCCUAGCUUGAAAGAGUUCACUAGGUCAAAUGCCAUUGAUAAUACGAAGGUCCCAACAUCGAGACUGCUGGCAAACGUGAUGCAGCUUCUUCAAAGGCAUGAGUUUCUUCAAAACCAUGGGGAUUGGAUCAAUACAGUGAAGCCAGCUAUCGAUCCUUUGAUUUCUUCACAAGUGUGUGAGAACUCAGAACUAACCGAUGAAGAGAUUGAGAACCUGAAUGCAAUCAGAAACCAGAUGAGAGUAGCUAUUACUUCACUUCUCAAGGAUGAUGGCAUUCUGGUUAUUCCAACAAUGCCAUCUGUUCCUCCAAAACUUGGUAGCAAAGAGAUAAACUCUGAAGACUAUCGAAUCCGAGCUUCCAGUCUGCUGAGCAUUGCUAGCAUAUCAGGCUGUUGUCAGGUGACUGUGCCGCUGGGACACCACGAGAAGUGCCCUGUUUCUGUUUCUUUCAUAGGAAGACAUGGUGGCGACCGCUUUUUACUAGAUACAGUGCAGACAAUGUAUGCAUCGUUGCAAGAAAAUUCCAGCAUUGUUGCCGAUCCCAAAUCAUCUAAAAAGACUAUCAGCCUAGAAGAGUCGGCUGAAAUUGCGAAAGAAAAGGGUAACCAAGCGUUCAAAGAGAGGCAAUGGCAGAAAGCCAUUGGUCUAUACUCAGAGGCUAUAAAGCUAAAUGAAAACAAUGCUACUUAUUACAGUAACAGAGCGGCUGCAUAUCUCGAACUUGGAAGCUUUCUUCAAGCCGAAGAAGACUGUACCCAAGCCAUCACUCUCGACAAGAAGAAUGUGAAAGCCUAUCUACGAAGAGGAACCGCAAGAGAAAUGUUGAGCUAUUACAAGGGAGCCAUAGAUGAUUUCAAAUAUGCACUUGUGUUGGAACCAAACAACAAACGAGCGGCUCUGUCAGCCGAGAGACUGAGAAAACUAUUCCAGUGAGCUUCCUUCGUCCGUGCCUCACCGAUCAUUGGAGAAACGUUUGAUCCUUAGAAUAUAUCCAAGAGUAUAGGGCAAUUUUGUUACACUCGUUUCCUUAAAUUUUAAACAUUCCUGUGAUAUUUAGGCAAAUUUCUUUAGAUACCUUUUGCAAGCCUACUCGGAAAUUUGAAGAUGUAACCCAAUUUUAGCGUUCACUAAAAUUGGAUUUCAAAAAUUAACGCUAAUCCUAAAUUCAGGAUACCGAAAUUCCCGGUCUUCGUCUAUUCAAUGUCAAAUUCAGGUCAUGCCUUUAAUAAUAUCGUCUUUAUCCAUUUCUUUUGUCGCACGUUAUCUUCUCCCCGCAAACGCUUUCCCUCCAAAGAAACAGAGAACAAGAGGCUUUCCGUUUUAUUUUUCAAACUGACGAAGAAACAAGUAUAUUUUUUCCUCACGUGGAUUAAUCUCGACAAAAGAUUGUAGAGAGAGUGAGAAAGAUUCGAAGAUAUCGUCAGAUUAAAAAAUAAAAAGAAAUGUCGACGGGGGGUCCGGCGAGGACAAGCUCAUUAAUGGACGAUCUCUUGGGACUCCUUAGAAUCCGCAUCAAACGUGGCGUCAAUCUUGCCGUCCGUGACAUCAAUAGCAGCGACCCUUACGUCGUCGUCAAAAUGGGCAAACAAAAAUUGAAGACUCGUGUCAUUAACAAAGACGUAAAUCCAGAAUGGAAUGAAGAUCUGACUCUCUCCGUCACAGAUUCCAAUCUCGCCGUCCUAUUGACGGUGUAUGACCACGACAUGUUCAGCAAGGACGAUAAGAUGGGUGAUGCUGAGUUCGGGAUAAAGCCAUAUAUCGAGGCUUUAAGGAUGCAACUUAAUGGACUUCCUAGUGGAACCAUUGUGACCACGGUUCAGCCUAGUCGUCACAACUGUCUAGCCGAGGAGUCUCGAAUCACUUGGAUCGAUGGUAAGCUCGUCCAAGAUCUCGUUCUCAGAUUGCGACACGUCGAAUGCGGAGAGGUCGAGGCUCAGCUUCAGUGGAUCGACCUCCCUGGCUCCAAGGGUCUAUGAAUUUUUCUUUUACCGUUUACUUUGAGGUUGAAUUAAACCUCAAAUCAAAACAAGAACAGAAGGGAAAAAAAUUUAGGCUGUAAUUCAAUCUUGAAGGAUAUAGUGAAUUAGAAAUGCGUAUUGAUCCAUGAGAAUACGAGGAUUAAGAACGUUGAGGGGAGUUUUGUUCCAAUAUGGUGAUCGAGUCCGAGUCGAGCCGUGGUCGAUGUAUAUUUGGGUUAGCUUUAUAUAAGCCUUAAACAAGGCUUCAGUUAACACAAAUAUCUUAUAUUUAUAUACAUGUAUUGUCCCUUAUAUAAGUAUAAAGACACAUUGAAUACUUGUACAUUCCUCCUAUAUUUUCAAGAAGCUCAAUGUUUGUAGUGAAUAGAAAAAUAGCUAAUUCAU